UGGUAGUCAUGGCCGGGAUGGAGGCCCCGGGCCUGGCGCUGAUCGCUCUGCUCUCCCUGGUGACCUGUGAGUGGGCGCUACCCCCCGGGUGUAAGCAGGACGGGAGGCCCCGGGGAACGGCGGGGAGGACGCCGGGUACCGGAGGGGAAGGAGCCAAGGUGGUGUGCAGCAGCCUGGACACCGGGAGGACCUUACCGCUGGGAGUGCUGCCUAACCGGACCUCCACCCUAAUCCUGAACAGCAAUAAGAUCACUGAACUGAAGAACGCUUCCUUCGAGGGGCUGAACUUCCUCGAGAGGCUAGAUCUUCGGAAUAACUUUAUCAGCACAUUAGAACCUGGUGCCUUUUGGGGACUUUCAUCUCUUAAGCGGCUAGAUCUAGCCAAUAAUAGGAUUGGAUGCCUUAAUGCAGAUAUAUUUAAGGGACUCCCCAACCUAGUUAGAUUGAAUCUCUCUGGGAAUUUGUUUUCUUCACUGCCACAAGGAACUUUUGCUAACCUGGUUGCCUUAAAGUCUCUUGAAUUUCAGACAGACUAUCUGCUUUGUGACUGUAAUCUUCUGUGGAUGUUGCGGUGGAUAAAAGCAAAGAACGUAACGGUUCGUGAGACUAAGUGUUCCUACCCCAAGUCUCUGCAAGGACAGUCCAUAACAGCGGUGAAGCCUGAACAGCUAACCUGUGAUUCACCUCUUGAGCUGCCUUCUUUUUACAUGACACCUUCUCAUCGCCAAGUGGUCUUUGAAGGGGAUAGCCUCCCUUUCCAGUGCAUGGCUUCCUACAUAGACCAGGACAUGCAGGUGUUAUGGUAUCAGGAUGGGAAGAUCGUGGAAACAGACGAGUCACAGGGCAUCAUCGUUCAGAAGAACAUGAUCCACAACUGUUCUCUGAUAGCCAGUGCACUGACAAUUUCCAAUAUACAAGCCGGAUCAACUGGGAACUGGGGCUGCCGUGUUCAGAGCCGGCGUGGAAAUAACACCAGGACCGUGGAUAUUGUGGUGUUGGAGAGCUCCGCACAGUACUGCCCUGUGGACAGGGUGAUAAAUAACAAAGGCGACUUCAGGUGGCCAAGAACCUUGGCAGGGAUCACUGCAUAUGUGCUGUGCACACGUUACUCCGCCGGGGGCGGCAUCUAUCCUGGCAAUCAGCAAGAUGACAUCAGAGCCUGGCGACGAUGUGACCGAGGAGGCUUCUGGGCAGAAGACGACUAUUCUCGAUGCCAGUAUGCCAAUGACGUUACACGAGUGCUGUACAUGUUCAAUCAGAUGCCUCUUAACGUCACAAACGCAGUUGCAACUGCAAAGCAACUUCUGGCCUACACCGUGGAAGCGGCAAACUUCUCAGACAAGAUGGAUGUUAUCUUUGUGGCCGAAAUGAUUGAAAAAUUUGGCCGUUUUGCCGAUAAAUACAAAGAGCUCGGUGAUGUGAUGGUUGAUAUAGCAAGUAACAUCAUGCUGGCUGAUGAACACGUCUUGUUGAUGGCACAAAAAGAUGCCAGGGCCUGCACACGUAUAGUGCAGUGUUUACAGCGGAUUGCUUCUUACCGGCUCGCCAAUGGAGCCCAAGUAUACUCUACAUAUUCCCCAAACAUUGCCCUGGAAGCCUAUGUCAUAAAACCCAACCAGUUCACUGGCAUGACCUGCACGGUGUUCCAGAAGCUGGCUGCCUCUGACCGCACCGUAAUAGCUGAUUUUGGAAGAAGAGACCCAGAUGGGAACCUGGAUAAACAGUUGAGCUUUAAAUGCAAUAUGUCCAGCACCUUUAGUGUGGUGGCACUGAAGAACACUGUUGUGGAGGCUUCGAUCCAGCUUCCGGCUGCACUGUUUGUACCUAAAGAGAAGCGUGAGAGGCGAGCGGUGGAUGAGUUUGUGUACAAGCUACAGCUGAUAGCAUUUAGGAAUGGAAAGCUUUUUCCAUCCACAGGAAACGCCACAAACCUCGCCGAUGAUGGCAAGAGACGCUCUGUGGUGACUCCUGUCAUCCUUGCCAAGCUAGAUGGUCCAAACAAGAACCCUCCCAGUGUGCCUAUUAACAUCACACUCCGCCGCAUUGCUCAUGGGAAAGACCCUGUGGCCGCCCAAUGGGAUUUUGACCUUCUUAACGGACAUGGUGGAUGGAAGUCAGAAGGCUGCAGUAUCAUAGCAUCCGAUGAGAAUAUCACUACAAUACAGUGUCAUACACUCAGCAACUAUGCUGUAUUAAUGGAUCUUACUGGAGCGGAGAUCUACACCCACCCUGUGACUCUGUUACAUCCUGUGGUAUAUGCAUCUGCAGUGGUGCUGCUUCUGUGCUUGCUGCUGAUGAUCAUCAGUUACUUGUAUUAUCACAGCGUGAUUCGUGUUAGCCUUAAGACCUGGCACAUGUUGGUUAACCUCAGUCUUCACAUCUUCCUGACCGGCGCAGUGUAUGUGGGAGGCAUAAACCAGACUAAAAAUGCCCGUGUUUGUCAGGCAAUCGGGAUUCUACUGCAUUACUGUACACUGGCCACUGUGCUGUGGGUGGGAGUCACAGCCCGCAACAUAUACAAGCAAGUUACCAAGAAAGCCAAGCGCUGUCAGGAUCCAGAUGAGCUCCCUCCCCCUCCCAGACCAAUGCUGAGGUUCUAUCUCAUUGGAGGUGGCAUUCCUGUUAUUGUAUGUGGAAUAACUGCAGCGGCAAACAUCAGAAACUACGGGAGCCAGCCGACUGCCCCUUAUUGCUGGAUGGCAUGGGAACCCAGCCUUGGCGCCUUCUAUGGUCCUGCCAGUUUCAUCGUAUUUAUAAACUGCAUGUACUUCCUCAGUAUAUUCAUCCAGCUGAAACGUCAUCCCGACAGAGUCUUUGAACUGAAGGAGCAAACUGAGGAACAGCAGCGAUUGGCCACCAGUGAAAGCGGGGAGGGAAACCAGCAAGAUUCACUUUCAGUGUCCUUGGUCUCUACAUCCGCAUUGGAGAAUGAGCAGACAUUCCAAGCCCAGCUUCUUGGCGCUAGCCUUACUUUGUUCUUAUAUGUUUUCCUUUGGAUAUGUGGUGCUUUAUCCGUUUCCUUGUAUUAUCCAAUGGACCUGGUAUUUAGUUGCUUUUUCGGAGUGACUUGUUUAAGCCUCGGUGCCUUUUUAGUCGUACACCAUUGUAUGAACAGGGAAGACGUGAGGCGGGCAUUAAUCAAUACUUUCUGCCCUGGUAGGAGCACAUAUUCGGUGCAAGUUAAUGUCCCACCUUCCAACUCUUCUGGUGCCAACGGUGAUGCCCCAAAGUGUACGAACAGCAGCGCUGAGUCUUCAUGUACGAAUAAAAGCGCAUCCAGUGUCAAAAACUCCUCACAGGGCUGCAAGUUGACUAAUUUACAAGCAGCCGCAGCGCAAUGUAACACAAACCCUUUACCGGUCAACACGCCACCCCAGCUUGACAAUAGCUUGACUGAACAUUCCUUAGAUAAUGAUAUAAAGAUGCACGUUGCACCAGUCGAGGUGCAGUAUCGUCCCAAUGGUCACCCGUCCAGGCAUCACAAAAACAGAAGUAAACACCGAUCUAGUAGGCUCACCGUUCUUAGGGAAUAUGCAUAUGACGUUCCCACCAGCGUUGAUGGAAGUGUACAAAAUGCUGUACCAAAAAGCCGUCAGAGCUACUUAGAAGGACACUCUCGAAGUCGAAGGGCUUAUUUGGCCUACAGGGAGCGCCAUUUUAACCAAGUACAUCAAGACAGUAGUGACGCUGGAAGUACUCUUCCUAGGUAUAGCAGAAAUAUGGAAAAGCCUCCGUCCGCAAACCACAAAAAAGACAUUUUGAGGGAACCCAUUGCUGUGGAACUUGAAAGUCAGCAGAAGUCAUAUGGUCUAAAUUUGGCUGUCCAGAGUGAACCCGCUAAAAAUGAAGUGACUGAGGAGCCACCUAUAAACACAGACAGCAAUGGAAAUGUUAGGACUGGUCUAUGGAAACAUGAAACUACUGUGUAGUAUCUCCAUGCCGGUUUACCCUUUGAAGUUGACAUGAAAGGGACAAUUCCAUUGCUUCAAAGACUUUUCUAAUGUGAUUGUUUACAGACACUUUUUUUAACCUAUACAUUAUGGGAGAGUACUAACUAUGAAGGAAGAGAUCUGUUCUCACUUCCAGGAACUUUGUAUUUCAAAAAGAGACUUUUUUUUUUGUCCACGCGUGAUUUUUAAUAUUUUUAAAUAUUUUUUU